AAGUUAGAACAAUUUUUAUAAAUUUGUAUUGAACAUGAAGGAGAAGAGAUAAGAGUAUUGUGUGGAUAAUGGCAUCAUCAUCAGUUGUGAGUCCCGCGCAUGUUAGCAAGUACAGCAAACCAUUGCAUUGUUGUUCAAGUCGGAAGGUGAAGUGUGAACUGUCGCCAUCACCAUCAUGGAAGGAAGGCAGGCGCAUGGUCUCCAUCUCUCUAGUUCUCUCCCACUUCCUUCUCUUUCCUAACCGGGCUACCGCUGAAGGAAGUAUUAUGGACAAAUACGUUAAGAGAAAAAAGCUAGAGCCUCUGGAGACUUACGUACCAGCUGUAAUUCUCACACAGUUCCAGAUCAAGGAUUUGGAAAAAACUUUAGAGGGUAAUGAUCCCCAAUUUUCCCUCUGCCGAUCUCUACUUCGCUCUGGGCCUGCAGCAUCUCUUCGUGUAAAUAUUCGAGCAGUUGCGCAAUAUGCUUCUGACAGUGGCAAUGGUAAAACUGCAUUGAACAAUGUUGAUGAUUGUCUGAGGUCACUGGAGGACCUUGAUUCCUUGCUUCUGCGUGCUUCAAGAAAUGAUCCUGAUGCCUCCGUUAAAUCAAUGAUGGCAAAAGUCAGUUCUGCCCUGAUUGCUUUGGACAGCCUCUUGCAAACGGUACCAUCAGAUGUGCUAAGUAAGGGAAGGGUUAUAGCUGAUUCAUAUUUGGACCGGGAAGACGUGGAAACAGAGAACUUGGACCCUGGUUUAAAGCAAUUAGAAUCAAUACUAUGAGUAGCUAACAUACAUGAUGCAUAGUUAACAUUAUGUGUAUCAAAAUUAAAUAAAAAAAAUCAUUUAUUGAUCCAUUUUUUAAGCUUCAAUGGAGUUGCUUUAUCUUUGUUCUAAUUUAAGAGCAAGUAAUAUGGAUAUAUUAAUCAAUGGGAGCUGCUAAUAUGGUUCCAUUUGUU